GCUCAUUUCUGAAUGAAUCGGCCACAGCGAGGAGUUAAUACCCCUGAACGCAUCAGCGGCAUCCUGAGUGCAGGAAAAAAAAAGUUGAAACAAAAGCGAAACAGUUGCAGUCGGCAAGACGCCGGCCGCCGCCGCUCUUGCCAGAAGCUCCCGGCCAGCAUCUAGAGCGGCCGUAAAGGCAAUGGAUCAGGUCGAGGAAAAGGAGGAGAACCGAUUCCAAGAACCAACAGGGGAUCGGUGCGAAGAAGAUGAUAAGGAGCAGAAGUACAACUCUGAAGAAUCAUCGGUGGACCGGCGCGAGGAGGACGACGACGAAGAGAAGGAAGAAGAAAAGGAGGGCUCAGAGGAGGCCACCUCGACAGCGGCGGCGGUGUCGUCGCUGUUCGCGCACCCCUGCUCGCUGCUGCGAUACAUAGCCCGUGUCUGCGCCUGCUGCCUUGGCCUGAGCGAUUCUUUCUGCGACCCAAAGCCAAGCGCUGUUCCUGCUCCUGCAGCUGCCGAUCCGUCUCAGCAAGGGGAAGAGGAGGGCAAGAUGACCAGUUAUUUCUUCGUGCAGGAGGCGACCACUCGGGUGCGAGCAGCACGGCUAAGGCCGAAGUCACCGGGCAAUCCGAGAGAAGGGAGCGGUGGCAAUGGAGGACACCAUCACUAGGCAUCCUGCAUCAUCGGCUUCAGUCUUCAGUUGAGCAACCUACCUAGCAUCUAGUGUAUACAUGGCCGUGUUUACUUUAAGCAACGUGCUUUGUAAAAAAAUGAGCCUGAACAAGUCCUAGUUUAUGUAGACUUCUCUGAUCUGAACUUUCAAUAAAAACUUGUAUAUCAUAUGAUCUUUCUGCGAGUUAGUAACUAGGAGUAGUUUUCAAUCUGGGUCUCGAGUAUUUUUUUUUUCCGAGUGGGUGAUGCUACGUUGUUCCUGGAAUUGAAGUGGUCGACGGCUCGAGGCAGAUCCGGCUAACCUGCUUUGCUUGCAUGCGAGACAUUUGGACGCUGGAAGGGAGGAGAACUCAGAUUGGUACGUGCAGAUGCACCAGGAAACAAUCAGCGAAAAAUGCUGUUGUCUGAAUUUGCGCCACAUGGAUACAUGGUCCAUCUCAUGGUCGUAUAGAUCAACUGCAGCAUGUAUCUAUGGACCGACGUACGUGCUCACGCCGCUCUAGCAUCUACUCUAUCCUUUCUAACUAGUCCUUCCGUUCAUUGUCAACAUAUUUAACAACACCU